UACGGCAGAACACACGCACACUGCUGCUGAGAAGACUUCAAGACUGAGCUGAGCCCGUGUUGUUGUCCGUCUCUCGCGUUCAUUCGUCGUUGGACUGUCCGUGCGUUCGGUCGUCUUCUUCGUCGGUUGGCACUCCGGAGUUUCAACGGAUCGGUUCGGUACAGGAAGGUUCUCUCCCCUUGACAGGAAGAUUUUGGCGUUUGACGGCGGAUGUGUGUCUGUUAAAAAAACAGCAGUUUUGGUGUUUGUCCUUGUCUUGUGACAGCGGCGUGCGUCAAAGUUGGCCCCGUGUGUGUCCUGUAUGUUGUGAUGUUUUGCGCUGUUCUCAUUCCCUUUGACGCUCUCAUUCUCUCCUGCUGAGCGUAGUGUUGCGGUGUUGUGUUGUUGGUGUGUGUGUGUCUCUCUCUCCAGAAAGGGAGAAGAAAAGAUGUUUAUUGGAUGUGAUUAAAAUUUGGUGAUUUUUUGGUCUCCAGUUGGGGAAACGUCAAGAAGAACGUGUGUGUUUGGGAAAAAUGUUUUGAACAGUGCAGUGAUUUUGCAGUGAAUUUGGUGCGUGUCCGUAUCCGGUCCAGUUACUACACCCCACUUCAGGUCAUCUAAUAUUUGUGUUUGUCUGUCCGGAUUGGAACAAGACUACAAGUAGUGAGCAAAAAAGAGGCCCCUUCUGGAGGAGCGGAUGACCUCGUUGUAAAGCAGUUCUUCAUUCCACACGGCAAAUCCGCGUUUCGUUGUAUUGGAAGAUUGCUACCAAAGAACAGAGCAUUGAUACAGAUCCGCUUGCGAAAAUACGAUUACAACUUCAUCGAUAAUUGCAACACAUUACCCAACGAGCUGGAAGCUGCGACGACAAGAAUACAACUCAAUCUUGAUACGUCUUCAUCAUCAAAUCAAAAGUAAGAAAGCUGUCAAACACUCUUCAAAAUUAAUAGUAAAAAGCCCUGUGACCGGUGAUAUCGUACAGCGUAGCUUGCAUGAAAUUUCACUGGCUUUGAAGUUCAUUCUCAAAAUAAAGCACCGUACUAUAAUGGAUCGACCAAUCGUUUAAAAAGAAAUCCACCCCUAAAUGCGAACGUUCGUCAAGCGCAUGCAAAAGAACAACACUCCAACAAUGUGAUCAUCGCCUGAAAAGCCCUCAACAAAGUUGUGCAAAGUGCGGUGUGAAGAAAAAGUGAAAACAAAUGUCAUAGUGCGGUAAAACCGGCGAAUAAAAUAAAGUGUGCCCUCAUCAAAGAGCCAUCAAAGCUGUGAACAGCGGCAGUGAAGCAACAGGAUCUGGAAAAAGUCGUGAAAAUUCAUAGCCUCCAGGGGCCCUCUGCAGUUGCUCUGGUGACAUCACGGAAAAAAAAAUAAAAAAAAGUCACCAUAAAUGAGUGACUGCUGGCAGCACGGUUAGGCUCCAGAGUGUUCCCGGAGGAGUGUGUGUGUGUGUGCAGUUUAGUGGGGUGUUUGGUUGUUAGUGGGAAAAGUAAAGCCAACCCACCUAGAGAAGAAUAAGUGCCCUCCAGAGGGCAAGUAGCGAGCUAGCAAAAUGACCGUGAAAAUUUUCCGCCGCGGUUCGGCACGCUGCAUUGGGCUGCUGUCGGCGUUCGUCACUAUUCUGCUCUGCCUCUACUACAUCUCGAUGGGACAACCCUCGACAACGCCGACGGCCGGUUCCGGUUCCGGUGUGGCAAUGCAGCACCAGAAGAGAUUAAGCAACGUUCACGAUGCGCACCAUGGCGGCGGUGGCGUCGGCAAUCAUAAUGCAAAUCAAUCGUGGCAUAGCUGGCUGCGGAACAAUCUCAAUUCGGUUGGCAGCGGUAAGGACCGGCCCCCGGGGGGUGGAGGAGGUGGCGGUGGUGGCGAGAAAGAAGGACGCCGAGUGGCGCAGCUUCCGGACCAAACCGGUGGCGGCGGCGAUGAGGAGGAGCAGCAGCAGGUCGAGAGUGGAUUUUCCGGCAGCCAAGCCUCGCCGGCCCGGUUCAGCGCCAAGUGGGACGAAUGUGCCGCACUGGAGGAAACGCCCACCGAUAUCACCACCGGUGAUGAAUAUGGAAAUUUUGACUUCCAGCCCGAAUGGAUGAAGACAAAGGAGUACUGGGACAAGGACUUUGAGAGCCGCUACGAGAAGCUGCAAAAGGACCCGGGCCGACCCCCGCUGAAGAUCGUGGUCGUGCCACACUCCCACAACGAUCCGGGCUGGCUGAAGACGUUCGUCAACUACUUUCAGUCGGACUCGCGGCAGAUCCUGAACCUGGCCGUCACCAAGAUGCCUGAGUACGGCAACAUGUCGUUUAUCUGGAGCGAGAUCAGCUUUCUGCAGCUGUGGUGGGACCAGGCGCAUCCGACCAAGCAACGGAUUUUGAAAAAGUUGGUCAAAUCCGGAAGGUUGGAGAUUACCACUGGAGGAUGGGUCAUGACGGACGAAGCGAACGCCCAUCUGUACGCCAUGGUGGACCAGUUGAUCGAGGGCCACCAAUGGGUCAAGACGAACCUGAACGUGACGCCCAAGAGCGGCUGGUCAAUCGAUCCGUUCGGCCACGGCAGCACCGUUCCGUACCUACUCGCCGCUUCCGGCUUCGAGGGCACCAUCAUCCAGCGGAUACACUACGCGUGGAAGCAGUGGUUCGCCCAACACCGGUACGGAGACUUUUUGUGGACGCCGUACUGGAAAAGCAAGGCGGGCUCUCCCGAUCGGCAGCACACGCUGCUAACGCACAACAUGCCUUUCGAUAUCUACUCGAUCAAGCACUCGUGUGGACCGCAUCCGUUCAUCUGUUUAAACUUUGACUUCCGUAAGAUUCCGGGGGAGUACACGGAGUACUCCAUCAAGGCGCAGUUUAUUACGCCGGAGAACAUCGAGUCCAAGGCGGAUCUGUUGAUGGAGCAGUACUCGCGGACGGCCUCGCUGUUUCCGCACAACGUGGCACUCAUUCCGGUCGGGGAUGACUUCCGGUACAACAAGGAGAAGGAGAUGGAGCAGCAAUACACGAACUACAAGAAACUGAUCGAUUACAUUAACGAGAACCGGCACAAGUACAAGACGGAGAUCAGCUUUGGGACGCCGAUAGACUACUUCAACGCGAUUAAGGAGCGAUACGAGAAGUUCCCCACGCUCAAGGGUGACUUCUUUGUGUAUGCGGACAUCUUCAACGAGGGUCGGCCGGCGUACUGGUCGGGCUACUUUACGACCCGGCCUUACUACAAGAUAUUGAGUCGCGAGCUGGAGCAUAAUUUGAGAAGUUUGGAGAUUCUGUUCACGCUGGCGUUCAACCGUGCUCGACAGGGUGGCAACUCGAAUGCGUUCAAGAUUUACGAAAAGAACUACGAGAAGAUGAUUCUUGCGAGGCGGAACUUGGGACUGUUCCAGCACCAUGACGCGAUCACGGGAACUUCGAAGGCAAAUGUUAUGAGGGAUUACGCGCUGCGGUUGUUCGAAAGCAUCCAGGAGACGGUGAAGCUGCAGGAGAAGACGAUUGAGUUGCUUGUGCAGCGGAAGAAGAAUACGGAGUUGAACUUUUUGAUCGGGGAGCUGGAGCGGGACAAUUUUGGAAAGCUGCCGAGAAAGACUCCGUUGAUCGUGACGGAAGCGAGGAGUACCGACUUUGUGGUUUACAAUGCGUUGGCGCAGGAACGGUUGGAGGUGGUGCUGAUUCGGACGUUGACACCGAGGGUGAAGAUUUUGGAUCCGACCGGGAAGAUGAUGGACAUUCAGAUCAAUCCGGUGUGGAACAUAACGGAAACGUCUUACGCUUCGCGAAAGAUCAUCCCGUCGGAGAAGGAGUACGAGGUUAUGUUUGUGGCAAAGUUGGCACCGCUUUCGCUGACGACGUUCACCGCGAGUUAUGACGAUGGGUUCAAGCCCAAGAUGGCGACGUUGUACUGUAACGAUUGCCAGGACGAGAAGAAUGAGAUUUUCGAGAUUCGGAACAAGCAGCCGGGUGAUAUUCAGCUGGAGAAUACAAAGAUGCGACUGCUGUUUGACGAGCAAAGUGGAUUUUUGAAGUCGGUCACGAAGAAGAACAUGGGCAAGCAGAUUCAGUGCGCGAUCAAGUUUGCGGCGUAUAAAAGUGCGCAGUUCCACUCGGGAGCUUAUCUUUUUAAGACGGAUCCGGAACAACGGAAUUCGGAGAAGGAGGUUUUGGAGCAGUACAACGAUAUGACAAUCUUGAUCACUUCGGGUCCACUGGCGAGUGAUGUGACGGCGAUUUACGGACCGUUCCUGGCACACACGGUGCGGAUUUUCAACUCCAACACUGUGCUGGACAACGGGAUCAACAUCGAGAACGACGUGGACUUUGAGAUGCCGCCAAAGAAUCGCGAAACGGAGCUGUUUAUGCGAUUCGUUACGGACAUUGAGAACGGUGGGAGUGAGAAUCCAGAGUUUUACUCCGACUUGAACGGGUUCCAGUACCAGAAGCGGGUAAAGGUACCUUCGAUCGGCAUCGAAGGAAACUACUUCCCCAUCACCAGCGGGGCUUUUAUUCAGGACGACAAAAUGCGGCUUACGCUGUUGACGACCCACGCCCAGGGCGCUGCAAGUUUGGAACCAGGUCAACUCGAAGUCAUGCUCGAUCGACGAACUCUGUACGAUGACUACCGCGGUAUGGGCGAAGGCGUCGUGGACAGCAGAUUAACCCGGCACCGCUUCUGGGUCAUCUUGGAGACAAUCGAACGCGGAGCCGAUGCGGCAGCCCCCGCAGCGAACAAUUCUCCCAGCCAGCAAGGUGAAGGUCCCGGCGAUGCCAAACCGGCCGAGUACCAACUCCCGAGCAUCUUCGCCAACAACCUCGCCAACGGACUUAACUACCCCGCCAAUCUAUUCAUCGUGGAAAAGUACGACGAAAGCAACCAGAUCGAGCUUAACAGGGCCGUCCAACUUCUGGCCACGCCGUUCCCCUGCGAUCUGCACAUCCUCAACCUGCGGACGCUAACGGAGAGCAACCUGCCGCUGUUCCCGUCCAGCUCGGCUCUGCUCGUGCUUCAUCGGCAGGGGUACAACUGCCGGAUAGGCGGCGACGAAGUAGUCAACUAUUUUUGUAACAGCAGUAACAGUAGCAGCAGUAGUAGCUCGAGUAGUAAACACCGAGGGCAGCUGCAGCUGUUUGGGGGCGUCCGGGUUGAGCACAUAAGCGGCACCUCGCUGACGGGGCUGCACGCGGGCGAACCGGUGCGAUCCGUCGGGGAUAUCUUCCUGGAGCCGAUGGAGCUGCGAACGUACAAUGUUACGUUUGCGAAGUAAGAGGGGUCGAGGUGUGUAGCGAAAUGGUGACGGUUAGCCUCUCUAUCGUCACGGGCGAGUGGGGUGGAUUUAGGGUGAUGUCUUUGGCGAUUAUUGUUGGACAAAGUUUUGAAAAUUUCAAGCGUUUUGGAAAAAAGACUUAUGAACAUUUAUCGAUUCGAUUCUCUAGAAAUGAUUAAUUGACUAAAAUUUACAGAAAGCUACGAGGCAAACCAGCAAGGCAGGCAAACUGCUAAACAGUUAAAAUGUGUCCUAACAUUUCAAAAUGGCACAUAACUUUUGAAAACAAAAGUGUAUCCCUUUCACUCAAAUGCCAGUGGCUCAAAUGACACAUAAAUUGUGAGAGGGAUACAUUCUUGUUAAAAUUGUGUGCCCUAAUGCAAUGGAAGGCACGAAUCAGUGUCAAAUCACCGGGGUUUUAGUGCAUCUUCAAUUUAAUACUGUUUACUGUUAUUUGCCGGGACCCGUGGUGUAGGGGUAGGGGUCGGUCUGGGUUCGAUCCCAGGCGGUCCCGGUGGCAUUUUUCGAGACGAGAUUUGUCUAGCCACGCCUUCCGUCGGACGGGGAAGUAAAUGCCUGGCCCCGGUUUAACCUAGAGUUGUUAGUUCGUGACCUCAAUCCUGGUGUAGGAGUCUUCUCCCUGGGUCCUGCCUCGGUGGAGUCGCUGGUAGGCAGUUGAACUAACAAUCCAAAGGUCGUCAGUUCGAAUCCCAGGGUAGAUGGAAGCUUAGGUGUAAAAAGAGGUUUGCAAUUGCCUCAACAAUCAAGCCUUCGAACACCUAGUUUCGAGCAGGAAUCUCGCAAUCGAGAACGCCAAGGCAAUGCUGUAGAGCGAAUAAUUUGAUUUGUUUUUUUUUUUUUUUUUUUGUUAUUUGCAGUCAAUUGUUAAUUGAUAUUGCGGAAACAUUUAAUUUGCAUUUUUGCAAUAUUGAUAAUAAUCAAACACAAUCGAAUGCAAACGAUUUUUAAUCAACUUAGAGCAAUACAGCGCGAUCGGACUGAUCCAAUUGCAUACGAGAGAGUAUUUUAAAGUGAUUGGCGUGGACAAAAAUGUACGAGAAAAUAUCUUGAAAAUUACAACAAUAUUACCCCAGACAUCAUCUUGUUUCAACUUCACUCAUACAAAAUAGAACAAGCUGUAGAUAUUCCACUUGAAAGAAACAAAGAAUCUCUCCGAAGAAAACUCCAAAACCCGUUAAUUCUGCAUGGCAAAACACGUUUUUUAAUUGGGGGUAAAAAACCAAAACAAUUUACUACUAAGUCUGUGAGCUUGUAAGAAAAUUAGACAAAAAAAUGGGAAACAAAUUUGAUUUGCAAAAGAAUCUCACGAUAAAACAUCACAAACCACGCGGCCAUGCCGAUUUCAUCUCCGAUUUCGUCAGUCAAACAGUCCAAAACAAAUAAGCACCAAACCAGCAACCAAUUAUAUUACAAAAAAAACAUCGACAGCAUCAUUCCACUUGAGUCGAAACACUUUUUUAGACCACACUAGAGUUAGUUUAAUUUAUGAUGAAAACUAGUUCGUAAACCGUGUGUUUUACUCCGAAAAUAGUUGAACAACUUUCUGUAAAACCUUGACUUUUUGCAUCAACCAAACUCGAAUACAAAUGUGUUGUAAAUACAAAACAUCAACCUUUAUUUGUUUUCCAAAAUGUGAUUUUAGUUGUUAGUCAAUUUCUCUACUUUAAACGCAUUUUCCUUUCCUACUCUUUUGUUUUAGUUUUUCCACCCCCUUUCAACUCAGUUCCUCGAAUAGUAAAGUUGGAAAUCAUUCUCACACGUCGAUUGAUUUCAACAUAGACCACCGUCCAAUAGUUUACGUUCCCUUAAAAGUAGUGCAAACAGAAAAAAAAAACCCGUAAAUGUAACUCCAACCAAGUCAACCAAGCAUGUCCCGUUCGUUUAUUUCCAAACACACUUAUUUAUAAAGAGAUCAAGCUAGAAAGUAACGUAAUACAAGAGAACAAAACAAAAAUCAUACAAAAAUAAACCAUUAGUUGUUUUAUAUGACUACGCAGCUAGCGAAUAUUUUAAGAGACGUAAGUAAGCGGAAAUCUUGAAAAAGGUUGAAAUAAAUGCAUCACAGAGAGCCAACCAUUAGUGAAAUGUUGAGAAAAAAAACAAAGUUUGUGUUCCGUUUUCUUUCCGCAAGUUUUCAAACAAAAGAAACGAAGAAAAACUGUAGUUAAAUAUCUAGUAAUGAAGUAAACUUACAACAAUUAAUCAAAAAAAAAAAUGAUCGACGACGAAGCGAACGCAGCUCGAUUAACCUUUUAGAUUUGUGGUGGAAGCGCGUUUUAGAGAAUUGUGUGGCGUAAUUUAUUCUUUUGUUUUAAAACUGAAUGCGGAAAGCUUUAUAUUAAGACGUGAACGUGUAUUUCUCGUGGUGUCCGUGCAUUGCACGUUGGAAAUGUGUACAAAGAUUGAGGGUAUUUGAAUUUAUUCUUUUUUAUUUUUUUUUUCUCUAACUGUUGCCUUAACUGAUUAUUUUACUCCCAUAUUUUUUUUAGUUUAUUAUUUCCUCGAAAAAAAACUAUGUUAUUGUUUGGAUAUGCUUAGGUGAGGAAAAAACCAAAUGUCUGAGGUACGAGUGUAAGUAAAAUAAAUAAUUGAAUAUUUUAAAA